UGUUGUCGAAAUGCAGAAUUCUUCGAUGCAACUCUGAAUAUCUUUUUGCCACAAAUCACCUUGACGAUUCUUUGAAUGAGGAUUAUUGUAUUGCCUUACGAUCUUACUCACUCUGUACCCAACGAACUGCUUGGUUCUGCCGUGGUGACCUAGUAUACCAUUCUGCUGUACAAGGAAUUGAGGACUUAAUGAUUCAGCAUAAUUGCUCCAAGGAAGGGGCAGUUUCACUACCUCGUCCCCGUGUCCCAGCAGAAAAUCAGGAGAAUUUACACCUGCCAGACACCUGCAAAUAUGAAAAGAGCUUUUACUUUAAACAACGCCAGAAACCCACUUAUCUGCACUGUGAUGUCUUUGGGAAUCUCCACAUCAGGACGUUUUACAAUGAUUUUCACACAUGCCGAGUUCAGGGUGCAUGGCCAGUGAUUGACAAUAAUUACCUCUCUGUGCAAAUGACUAAUGUGCCUAUCUCACCACAUCAGAAUAUAUCAACAAUCAGUAAGGUUACUGCUAUUUUCAAGAAUUCCAAGGAAUGCAUUGACCAGAAAGUGUAUCAAGCUGAAAUUGACAAUAUUCCAGCUGCAUUUGUAGAUGGAUCUGUAAAUGGUGGUGAUAGAAAUGGGGCCAACAGUCUUGUGAUCAAAGAAAAGUCUGAUGCUGGCCAUGUGGAAAUCCAGGCGAGUUACAUUGGUACAACUCUGUUAGUGCGCCAGGUGGGGCAGCAUCUGGGCUUUGCCAUCCUCAUGCCUGAGGAAGUAGCAAGCUCACAUACAGAGGAGCAGGAUCAGCAGCUCUGUGUAUCAGGCUGUCCUUUCACAGAAAGACUUCCCUUGAACUCCCCCAUUGACAAUGAAGAAGGGGCCAAAGCCAAAUGCAAAGAGAAACUGCAGGUGGAAGACAUCUAUUUUGAAUGUUGUGUCUUUGAUAUCCUGGUGACUGGUAAUCCCAAUGUGUCGUUAGCAACAUUCAGAGCUGUGGAAGAUGCCAAAAUUUUGCACCCUGAUAAGGAGACAUUUCAUGCUUUUAGAAACAGUGUGGCUGGCAGGCCGACUGUCUGCUGCAUGUUUCUUUUGGCUUCUGUACUAUGGAUAGUGUUUCUGCAUUAAGCAACUUUCUGUUGUGUCUGGAGCCUUAAAAGAGAGCCAAUGACCAAUCUGAAUGCAUUGCUGUUCCCUCACACUGAGUACUCAUGUGAAACCACAAACCCAGCCCUGAAGUUACCCCCUUCUCAUUUUAUUCAACUAUUUUUGAUGUCAACAUAAAAUAAAUAAUUCAGUGGUGGUGCCUCUUCCAAAUGCAGAAGACUUUCCAAAAUAAUAAAAUACUUAACUGUUGCUUCAUUUCUAAAAUUAUUAUCUCAUAUAGAAAUGCACAUAGCCCAAACUGUUAAACAUUCAGACACACUCGACGAUGGCCUUGUGAUAUUAUCGUUAGACUAUUAAUCCUGAAACUGAAGUAAUGUUCUGGGGACCCAAGUUUGAAUCCUGACAUGGCAGAUGGUGGAAUUUGAAUUUGAUAAAAAAAGUCUGGAAUUAAGAAUCUAUUGAUGACCAUGAAAUCAUUGUUGAUUUUCAGAAAAGCCCAUCCAGUUCAGGGAAGGAGCUCUGUCAUCCUCACCUGGUCUGGGUUACAUGCGACUCCAGACCCAUAGCAAUGUGGUUGACUCUCAGUUGCCUUUUGGAAUGUUCUAGCAAGCCAUUCAGUUGCACCAAUCGCUACAAAAUCUCAAAGAAAUGAAACCAGAUGGUUCACCACAUAUCGACCCAAGCACAAGAAAAGACAAUGGCACAAACAGCAAUGUGGACCCUGCAAACUCCUCCUUACUGACAUCUUGGGGCUAGUCCCAAAAUUGGAAGGGCUGUCUAAAAAACUAGUCAGCAGCAGCCUGACAUUGCCAAACUCACAGAAUCAUAUCUUACAGACAAUGUCCCAGAAACCACCAUUACCAUCCCUGGACCUGUCCUGUCUCACUGGCUGGACACACUCAACAGAAAUAGUGGCACAGUGGUAUACAGUUGGGAGGGAGUUGCCCUGGCAGUCCUCAGCAUUGACUCCAGACUGCAUGAAGUCUCAUGGUUCCUGGUUAAACAUGGGCAAGGAAAUCUCUUGCUUAUUAUCAUGUACCAUCUUCCCUCAGCUAUUGAAUUGGUACUCCACCAUGUUGAACAACAUCCAGAGGAUGGUUAGAGCACAAAGUUUACUCUGGGUGAGGCUUUCAAUGUCCAGCACUGUUCGGCAGCAGUAUCACUGAUCAAGCUGGCUGGGUCCUAAAGGACUUAGCUGCUAAACUGGGUCUGUGGCAGGUGGUGAGGGAAUAACAAGAGGGAAAAACAUACCUGCCCUUAUCCUUGCCAAUCUGCAUCUGUCCAUGACAGUGUGAGUUAGAGUGACCAUUGCACAGUCUUUUUGGAGACGAAGUCCCACUUUCACAUUGAGAAUUAUGUUCAUCUUGUUGUCUGGCCCAUCACUGUGCUAAAUGGGAUAGAGUUCAAACAGAUUCAGCAACUCAACACUGGGGAUCCAAGAAGCAUCAGCAGCAGCAGAAUUGUACUCCAGCACAAUCUAUAACAAAGAACAAAGAACAAAGAACAAAGAAUAAGAAC